AUGGAGUCAAUAUCGCGGAUAACGAGCCUGAUUGAGACGGCUAGGGAGUUCACCCUCGAUGCUGCCUCGAUCGCACGAACUCGGAGCUCGUACAAGCCGCUGGACCGGGCCCAAGUGAAGAGGUUACUGGACAGUCGCAAUGAGCGCGAGGUCCUCGACGGGCUUCGGCGCGUCAUCACUAUGAUGUACCGCGGCCAGAAGACCCUUCCCCUAUUCUCCUCCGUUGUCAAGAAUGUUGCCUCGUCGAACCUCGAAAUCAAGAAGCUUGUCUACAUCUAUCUGAUUCACCAUGCCGAGGAGGAGCCCGACCUGGCUCUGCUAUCCAUCAAUACUAUCCAGAAGUCGCUGUCAGACACCAACCCCCAGGUGCGGGCCUUGGCCCUGAAAACCAUGUCGGGCAUCCGUGUGCCGGUCAUUAGUCAGAUCGUGUCGCUGGCUAUUAGGAAAGGAGCCGGCGACAUGAGCCCCUACGUCCGACGCGCUGCGGCAUUAGCCAUCCCCAAGUGCUAUCGCCUCGACCCCUCGCAGCUCCCCCAACUGAUCGAGUACCUCUCAACGCUGCUGGGAGACAAGCAAUACUAUGUGGCCGGCGCCGCUGUGACGGCCUUCAUGGCAGUGUGUCCUGACAGGAUAGACCUGAUCCACAAGCAUUAUCGGACAUUAGUUAGGAUGGUGGUUGAUAUGGAUGAGUGGAGUCAGCUAUCGACCCUACGAUUGAUGACAAUCUAUGCGCGGAAGUGUUUCCCAAGAAGGACGAAAAUUGUCAAGAUCAGGGAGAAGGCCCCUGAUCUGCAGGGUUUCUACGAGGACGAAAAGGAAUUAAGCGCAGAUGGGGAGCAGGUUAUUGUCUUGGACCCGGACCACAGGCUCCUGCUUGACAGUAUCAAACCUCUCCUGCAGUCUCGGAACUCGGGUGUUGUUGUGGCUGUUGCACGCUGCUACUCAGCCAUCGGCACGCCCGAGUACAUGAGGGCAGCUGUCGGCCCUCUUGUAGCACUGCUCCGUGGUGCUCAAGACAUCCAACACAUCGCUCUCUACAAUAUUGUCUCAAUCUGCCUUAGCUGCCCUGCCGAUUUUGUCAAAUACGCCACACAUUUUCUGGUUCGUGCAACGGACCCUCAGCCGGUCUGGGAACUUAAGCUGGAGGUGCUCACUCUUAUCUUCCCUCAUGCUCCACCACACGUCAAGAGCCUCAUUCUCAAUGAGCUCGAACACUUUAGCAGAGGCUCGGACAAGGCGCUGGUUAGAGAGGCUGUUAGGGCUAUUGGCCGUUGUGCCCAGAAGGACUUGUCCACGGCACCGAGGUGUCUGCGACUCCUUCUGGGACAAAUCACCAGUCUAGACGGUACACUGGCAGCUGAAAGUCUAACGGUCAUUCGACAUCUGAUUCAGCAAGAUCCAAAUGCCCAUAUUGCUACAGUUAUCCGACUAGCCAAGAACCUCGACACUGCUACCGAUCCCCAAGCACGAGCCACCAUCAUCUGGCUCGUUGGAGAAUUCUCCGGGCUCAACGGCGAGGACAACAUUGCAGCUGAUGUCCUGCGCAUUCUCCUUAAAGACUUCGCCUCGGAACCAGAGAUCGUCAAGCGCCAAAUCGUCCUCCUCGGUGCAAAAGUAUAUCUACACCACCUUAACCGCCAGAUCGAGGAAGCUCAAUCAUCACAGCCAUCUUCUGAUGUACCAGGAGACUCCUCGCUGUCUCUCCCUCCACAAAACUCUCGAGUCCCCAAAUCCUUGGAAGAAGAUAACCACCCUGCAGCCAAACUCUGGCGUUAUCUCCUCCAGCUCGUCCGCUAUGACACAUCCUACGACCUCCGCGACCGUACCCGCCUGUACAAGGCCCUGCUGGUCGUUCCUCAACUAGCCACACUGAUGCUGCUGGCUCCGAAACCCGCCCCUGAGACACCGAGUCCAUCUGAGACUAGAAAAGGGUUUCUCCUUGGCUCGUCUUCCCUCGUCGUGGCUGGCGGUGGCGCCAUACAUGGCAUCAAGGGUUAUCGCGACCUUCCUCCGUGGGUUGAGGAGGGUCAAGAGCCUGAUCCGAAGUUGAGGGAGAGAGAAGGUGACGCGGUUGCUGCUGGUAGGGACAGCCUUGGGGGCAAGGUUCCGGCGGCAGCGAUUUUGGAUGCUACUGCAGCGGCGGCUGCAUCGUCCAGUGGUUCUAAGCCUGGGAGCAGAGGGGCGAAUGGCAUUGGGGAGAAGACUUUGGAUGAUUGGCUGGCUGAGUCUGAGGAGGAAGAAGCACAACAGGAGUCUGAGGAAGAUGAGGAAGAGGAGGAGUCUGAGGAGGAAGAAGAGUCUGAAGAAGAGGAAGACCAGGAGGAGGAGGAGGAGGAGGAGGAGGAGGAGGAGGAGGAGGAGGAGGACUCGAGCAGUGAUGAAGAAACGGCACAACUUAUGCAGCCGUCGUCAUAG